CAUAGCUCUACGUUGAAUCAAAUGCAGAUCGCGGCCGACGCCGUCGCCUCCACUGCUCCAACGCCGUCCAUGUUUGAACAAGGACAAGUUCUGUUGAUGCAGCUGCAGCACCUGGGCCAUGCUCUCAGGCACCAUCAGCCCAACCAUGCGACAUUGUUGCGAGCGGUCAUUUCAGCGAUGCGACUUGUGCGAGAAUGCGUCAACAAAGACCUUGCCAAUGAGUUUGGGCAUAAUCUAGCAAGCAAGACUUCCGCUUAUGUGUCUAAAUUGAUUCAGCGAUGCCAGGAUGAUGCAGGAAUCACGUGUCCCGACGCAGCAUGCGUCCGUGCAGAUCGAUCAGCUCUGGUUCAUCAAGAACUGAAAGCAAUUGACGGUUUGGCCAACAGUCCAUUCUUUCUAUCCCCAAGAACUCAAGGUACAUUGAGAGACAUCGUCAAGUACCUGCGACGUCAAGAAGAAACACGAUCGUUCCAUGUCCAGCUGCUCGAGUGCCAACUCAAGUCCACGUCAACCUACGCCGUGAGCACGUUUGCAUAUGGUUCCACGCCACUCUUUACCUGGAUCGAUCUUUUCAAGACCCCACUUCUCACCGACUGCGUUGCACGGAUUCAAGCGGCGCCACAUCCAUCCGCGUGCACCUUGUUUGGUUCAUCCACCGGGUCGCUCGUGUUUUACACUGCAUUGCUCUGCAAAACCCCGUUCGAGGCAUCGAAAUCCUCCCAUUUCUCACGAAUGUUGCUGUCGCGGCCCAACGGCGCUUCCAUCUCGACGAGUGCGUUGCUUUUGAAUGCCAAGACAUGCUGACAGCAACCGUGCUACACACCCAGCUCCUCGUUUUGACGUCGCAGUGCUGGGAGCCCACCCUCGUGCAAGCUGUAGUGUCGAAGCUCGAAAAGGAAUUGCCCACGGAUGCAAUCGUUCUUGACUACACUGCGGCUCUCUCUGCAUCGCCAGCGUUUGCUCUGAUGCAGUGCACCACGGGCGUUGUGUCGUGGAACCAGCUGCACACGUUUCGGGUGUACCAGAAGCGACAGCGCCAUGGCCUCGAAUGCGAAACAUCGACGACAAAAGAUCCUCAUGAAGCGGGCCUUUCGACCGAGAGCGUCAUCCCAAACACAAGACAACAUCGUGGCGUGCCUGAAAUUAAAAACUGUUGAAUAAAGUAAGAGAUGAUAAGCAGAGCGGCGGCAGCUACUUGAUCGCGAG